ACUGCGGUAGAGUUGAGUGAUUUAUACCAAUGAGUUUUGAUUUAUAUGCCAUGAAAAAUGUCCGCUGUUGAGGCUGGUUGAAGACGCGUAGACAGGAGGGUCUUCCUGAGCCCACUGGGUUUGUAUCAAACUCUCCAACAACACGGGCAGUAAGGAUCCGUUCUUCCCACUCGGACUCGCCUCGUCCUCCCUGACAGCUUGUGUGUGCGUGCGUGUGUGCGUGUGUGUGUGGAUUGGAAAGUUUGCAUCGCGGAAUCAGGAAGUUCAGACAAAUGUUGAUGUCCAACACUAAUCUGAGUCCUCUCCGCCUGUAAGAAGUUUACUGCGCUGAACCGUCUGGAGCUCCGAGCAUGCGGGUGAUAGCUGCAUCCAUGCCUCUGCUCUGGUGGUAAAUCAUCAGUGACUCCAGGAGGAAUGUCUUACUGGUCUGUCGGCCUUCCCCAGGACUCCGGAGACACUCCCAGCAGCAUGGAGCCACAAAGCAGCCCUGGGGAGGAAAUGGGAGCCAAGGCAUCGUUGGUGGAUGCUAUGGGGGCCGGCUCUGCCCUCGCUCCGUCUCUCACGCUGGAGAACAUCCAGGCGGCGUACAAAGAAGGAGAGGAGAUGGCUGCCAGAGAGCUGAUCCAGAGAGCCUGCUGCGCAGAGUGCAGUGCAGGGGAGCCCCUGAUCAAUGGGGAGCAUCUCCUGUGUGCGGCCACUCAGCAUGGUGAUCUGGAGAGUGUGCGUUACCUGCUAAAAGAAGCUCGUAUCUCGGUCCCCCAGGAGCCAUCCAACAGCAACCCAGCCAUCAUGGCAGCUUACUGUGGCCACACCAGCCUGGUCAAAGAGCUGCUGGAUGCUAUACCAGGUCCAUGUCUAAGGAGAGACUUACUCAACUGGAUGCUGGCCACAUCUUGCCAGCAGGGUCACCUGGAUGUGGUCCGGUUGCUGAUCCACAGCUAUGACGCUGAUGCCAAGGACUGUGCCAUCCAAAGCAAUGACUUUGCUGUUGUUACUGGACUGCCACUGUAUGCUGCUGCACAGGCAGGUAAUGAGGAGAUAGCUCGCUUCCUGCUGCAGAAUGGAGCAGGAUUCUCAUCCUACACCCUGAUGGACCAUCCAACCUUCAGCAAACACCUCCUCAGACUCCAGCUCCAGGAAACAUCCCACGGAGAAUUGAAGGAGGCUGUCAGUGUGUGUUGGAGCGGCCUGCAGCUGCCCUGGUUGGAGCUGGAUUGGUUCAUGGACAUCUCCUCACGAAUCACCCACCUGGAUCUGUCUUCCAACAGUCUGACUGCUCUGCCCUCUGUGGUGCCCUGGGGCCUCAUCUACCUGCAGACUCUAGAUCUUUCUGACAACAUGCUGAAGGAGCUGCCUCCUGCUCACAGCUCUCAGGAGGUCAUCUGCUCCAGUUUGAAGCAGGUGAAUCUCUCUCAGAACCAGCUUACCAGUUUGCCCCCCGGACUUCUCCAUUUGAUCCACAUCCAGAGAAUUUCUGCUGGCAGGAACAAGCUGAAAGUGCUGUUCGACAUCCAUGACACUACAAACUGGAUCGGCCUUCGUAAGUUAGAGGAGCUGGAUGUGUCCGAUAAUGGUCUGACCAGUCUGCCUGUGGCUAUGAUGCACUGUUUGAAAUCCCUGAGCUUCCUCAAUGUGAGCAGGAACAAACUGAGCAGCUUCCCUGACCCCUGGGCUUGUCCACUGAAACAAUGCAAAGCUUCAUUCAAUGACAUUGAGAGUCUUCCAAACACGAUCUCCAUCUUCUGGAGGACUAAGCUGCAGGAGGUGGACUUCUCUGACAACAGCCUGAAGGAACUGCCCUCAUACAUCUUCGAACUGGAGGCUGUGGUCUCACUGAGACUGUGUGGGAAUCAUAUUGUCACCCUCCCAGCCCCCAGUAAGUGGAAGUGCUCUCAGCUCAGGACCCUUGAUCUUUCUAGGAACCAGCUUGGCAAAAAUGAGGAAGGGCCUAAAUCCAGCAGGCUGUCCUUCCUGACUACAUGGAACAGGAGAGACCCAGACCCAGUGUGUUCCAUAGAGUUUCCCAUGAUUCUGCGGGAUUCACUGGAAGUGCUUUAUCUGAACGACAACCAGCUGGAGUGUGUUCCCCAGUCAGUGUGUGGUCUGCACAGCCUCUCUGAGCUCUACCUGUCCAAUAAUCCUGGAAUCCGGGAGCUUCCAGUGGAGCUUGGUCGGCUCUCCAACCUGUGGCAGCUGGACACAGAAGACCUCAAUAUCACUAACGUUUCCCAGGAAGUGAGAAAAGAAGGUCCUGCGUCUGUUCUGGCUUUCCUCCGCGCGCACCUUCGAAAGGCUGAGCCUUGUAGACUGCUGAAGAUGCUCUUGAUUGGCCCUCCCAGGCAGGGCAAAACGACCCUUCUUGAGGCUCUACAGUCCGGCAAGGCGUCUACCUUCACCCCCAACGAAUGCAGCAUCUCCACCUCCAUGAUGGAGCUGGAAAAACCACAAUGUGGCAAAAACAACAAAGACGGGCUGGCGUUCAACGUGUGGGACAUUGGUGGUCAGGCCAACAUGUCCACUGUGAACCAGUGUUUCUUCACCGAUAAGGCCCUGUAUGUGGUGAUCUGGAACCUGGCUCUAGGAGAGGAGGCCGUGGCCAGCCUGCAGACAUGGUUGCUCAACAUUGAGGCUCGAGCACCCAGCUCUGCCGUGGUGGUGGUGGGAACACAUUUAGAUCUCAUCGACACCAAGUUUCGCACUGAGAGACUGGCCACGCUGAGAGCUUACAUUCUUGCUCUGUGCCGGUCGCCUUCAGGGGCUCGAGCCACCGGCUACCCUGACAUCACCUGGAAACACCUGCAUGAAGUGUCCUGUAAGACUCUGGAGGGGCUGGAGGGGCUUAAGAAGCUGAUCUACCAGGUGGCCCUCACCAUGAAAGACAACAGCAGUUCAGCCUGUGGCAGUAAACUGCUUGGACGGCUGAUCCCCAGGAGUUACCUGACACUUCAGGAAACCGUGAUGGCAGAGAAGCAGAGGCGAGAUGCUGAGGGAGAUGUCCAGUAUCUAACUGAUGUCCAGCUGGACCGCAUCAUCGAACAGAACCCAGGAAGUGACAUCAGAGACUAUGAGGACCUACAGACUGCCAUUGGCUUCUUGAUAGAGACGGGGACCCUGCUCCACUUCCCCGACACCAGCCACGGCCUGUGCACUCUCUAUUUCCUGUGUCCAGUGUGGCUGUCUGAGUGUCUGGAGAGGAUUGUACACCUCAAGUCCUCUCGCUCUGUGGCCAGGAAUGGAGUGAUCCAAGCUGAACACCUCAGGAUGCUGAUGGUAGGAACCGGCUUCACCCAGCAGACAGAGGAACAGUAUUUCCAGUUUUUAGCCAAGUUUGAGAUUGCUCUGCCUGUAGCCAACAACAGCUAUCUGCUGCCACACCUUCUUCCCCCCAAGCCAGGCAUGGACAUCCACGGGUUCCGCCAGCAGGUCAACAACACCAUACAGCGCCUCUUCAAGAUGAGCUUUGUUCCAGCAGGAUUUUGGGAGCGCUUCAUUGCCAGGAUGCUCAUCAGCCUCACAGAGCUGGACCUGCAGUCAUUUGAGCCUAAAAGAAACGCCAGGGCCCAGCGCAGUAGGAAUUCUGUGAUCUACAGCUUUGCUGGAACCCAGCAAAGGAACCGCUGCAGCACAUUCAGAGUGCGGCGCAGCCAGACCAUCUACUGGAAGGAGGGGCUGCUGGUCACUUUUGACGGAGGAUAUCUCAGUGUGGAGUCUUCAGACGUCAACUGGAAGAGGAAGAAGAGUGGGGGCAUAAAGAUCAUCUGCCAGUCAGAGAUGAGGGAUUUCUCUGCCAUGGCCUUCAUCACAGACCAUGUCAACUCUCUGAUCGAGCAGUGGUUCCCAGCUUUGACAGCCAGUGAGAGCGACGGGACCCUCCUCAUAGAGCAGUACGCCCCCUGCCCUCUCUGUGCCUCACUGGGCCAACAGAAGCAGGCCAAGCUCCCACCCAGCCGGCCCGGCAAAGCCAGAGAGAGACCAGAUCGUGGAGGGGAUGAUGGAGGAGGAGGAGGAGGAAGCCAAUCAGGGGUUCAUUACUUCAACAUGGAGGACUGUGUGCUGGCUGCAGUGGAGAAGGAGCACAUCAUCUGUCCUCAGCAUCCUGAUCAGCCAGUCCCGCUGCAGGAGCUGGUCCCAGAACUUUUCAUGACCGACUUCCCUGCACGGCUGUUUCUGGAGAAGGCCCGGCUGGAGUACUCUGAGGAGGAGAGCAACAUCCUCGGCCAGGGUGGCAGUGGCGCUAUCAUCUACCGAGCCCGAUAUUGUGACCAGCCAGUGGCCAUCAAACGCUUCCACUUCAAGAAGUGUCGACAGCAGACCAUCAGCAGCGACACAGACACCAUGGUGAAACACCUGCAGUCUGCAGAUGUCUGCCGGAGCUUCUCUGAAUUUCGCCAGGAGGCCAGUAUGUUGCACUCCCUUCAGCAUCCCUGCAUCGUUUCCUUGGUGGGCAUCAGCAUCCAUCCGCUCUGCUUUGCCCUGCAGUUAGCUCCUCUGGGCAGCCUCAACACUGUGCUGAAGGAGAAGCACAAAGGAAAUGGCUCCAAGUACAUGCCCCUUGGUCACAUGCUAACCUUCAGAGUGGCGUAUCAGAUUGCAGCAGGACUGGCGUACCUUCACAAGAAGAGCAUCAUCUUCUGUGACCUUAAAUCUGACAACAUCCUGGUUUGGUCUCUGCAGGUGCAGGAUCCUAUCAACAUUAAACUCUCUGACUAUGGUAUUUCUCGACAAUCCUUCCAUGAGGGGGCUCUGGGUGUUGAGGGGACUCCAGGGUACCAGGCUCCUGAGAUCCGACCAGGCAUUGUGUAUGACGAGAAGGUGGACAUGUUCUCCUAUGGCAUGGUGUUGUAUGAGCUGCUGUCAGGACGAAGGCCGUCAUUGGGACAGCACCAGCUUCAGAUAGCCAAGAAGCUCUCUAAGGGCAUACGGCCAGUGCUGGGCAGUCCAGAGGAGGUUCAGUUCACCUGUCUCCACAGCAUGCUGACUGAAUGCUGGGACACCAAGCCCGAGAAAAGGCCGGUGGCUAUGCAGUGUGUGAGGCAGAUGCAGGAGCCCAGCUUCCCCUGCCUCAGGUUUGUGUUGUCCUGUGACAGCCACCUGCAGCUAUUCCUGUCCCAGCUGCAGGGAUACAGCGCUGUGUUCUGGAGUGGAGACAAGGGUGACAGGAACUACAGUGUGGUGAACGUGGAGAAGGGCCAGGUGGCGGUAAAGAGGAUGUCGUGUCCAGGCGGCAGGAUCAGCUGUCAGAUGAAGAUGUGCAACACUCUGUGGAUGGCCACCGAGGAGCAGGAGGUUUUCAUCUUCAGUCUGAAGGACAUGUGUCCACUCAGUCAACCCCAGAAACAGUUCUCCUGUCCUGCCAUCAUCACCUGCCUGUUCCCAGUUCCAGCAGGAGAACAGAGCCUUGGCAGAGUGUUUGCUGGGAUGUCCGAUGGGCUGGUGGCAGUGUACAGCCUGGUGGACGACCUUCCUCUGGAGGGGGAAACCUACCUGUGUUCACACACCAUCAACAAAACUGUGUUUGGUCUGAAGGACUCAGAUCCCAGGCAGAGACCCUACCCAGUCAGGAGCAUGGCUCUGGUCAGCAGUGGCUCCCAGUUAUGGUUUUCCAAUGGUCCUGGUUUGCUGGUCAUCGACUGUCUGAGUCUUCAGGCAGUUCACAGGUUGGAGCCCUACGACCCGCCGUCUUCCAUCGUAUGCAUGGCAACCAGCCUUAGUCUUUGGGGAGAGGAGGCCGUGUGGAUUCUGGAUGAUCACAUCAACACCCUGCUGCUCUACCACGCAGCCUCCUAUGAGCUCUGUGCCAAGUACUGCUGCAGCGACAACAAUCCUCUCCGAGAUGUGUUCACUGUGCAGCAUCCUGCAGGGGUUACCACGGUGACGGCCACUGACCUAAAGACCAUGGACCAAGAAGAUAACGUGGAAUGGACUAAUGGAGAAGUGACAUUGAUCUACAGUGAGGAGGCAGGCACUCAGAUCAUCCAGCACCAGGACUCCCUGACAGACUACUGCUCCAUAUUAUCCAACUGCUCCCUGGAGCCGCCGGGUUCAGACCGUUCCAGCGCCGUCGACCUCGGCUCGUCAGCCACCCACAGCAGCGUGGCAUCAUCGGCUGACCAGGAAGGGACAGGCGGUGCCAAGGACCAGCAGGCAUCCACCAAUCCUGAUCCAGGCUCAGCAGAGACUGUGAACCCCACAGUGCCUCAGCUGCAAGCCUUCAGUGUGCUGCCUGUCAAUGGGACUCUGUGGAUCCCCAGGCGUGGAGGUGACGUGAUUGUCAUCGAGAUGCAGUCACAUGGCGAUCAGCUGACGGGGCGUGUCAUCGCAGUCCUCAGUCCUCCUGGAUGUUCCUCUUUAGGGAUCCUGGAGGAGGCAGCAGUGGUGGCAAAGGACACAGUUGUAUGUGGCUUUCAUAAGGAAAACAUGGAGUGGUGCCUGUGUGUCUGGAGGGGCUGGGGCUGCCACGAACUGGAAGUCUUCUACCAGUCCUACGAGGAACUGGGCCGCUUGGAGACCAGCAUGAGGAAAAGAAGGUAGCUGUUGUGCUGCGACGGCAAGGCACAGAAUCGCAGCUCUGUAUGGAGGGCGAGCUGAGGGGAAUACACGCCGACAGACUGCCAGUGUUCAGAGCAGGGGGGGUGGCCGAAUGCUGACAUCAGUGAAACGCAGGAGGUGGAGGAGGUGGAGGAGGUCUGCUGUAAGGGCUGAGCCUCAAGCUGUGCACAGUGGUUAUAUCCCCUCACUACAUACCUCAGCACCAGUACUCUAUUAGGAAAAUCUGUCAUCCUCGAGCACACGUGAGAGACCGUAGAGCUGAGUCACAGAACAAAACCUUCAUACAAUCAAACUUGAUUGAUUGAUACAGACUCUGCUUCAUCACAGUGGUUUUAAUGUUACAUUGUUAUGAUUCGAGAUGUAUUUGCUGUCUGGCAAUAUGACUAUGAUUUCAGUUGAACAUGUAUUGGACUGUUUGAGUCUUAUUCCAGCUGCUGCAGUUCUGUUCUUCAUUCUUUGUUUCUAUUUCAGUCUUUCUUCAUUAAACUGCUUCAGUCCGCAGUAUAAUGUCCUUUAUAUGGACACCGGAUGUCGGGGACAUUCUUAUGGGACAAGUACUCUCUGUUUUAUAAUGAGCCGGGAUCAAACUGCUGGUAAACAGCUGUGUAAUAGAACAGACAGCAGUUUGCCGAUGGGUGGAUGACACUCACACAAUCAGAACACAGUGUUCCUCUCUUUCCCAGUAUAUUUUAGCCUUAAACUGUGCCAAAUGAAUCUGAAUGCCAGCCGCAGCUGUCACCAGAGUGGCCUGUGAGCAAAAAACUCACAUCUGGAUUCUGGGCAACAUGAUGCAACACACCAGUCGUUUGCAGCUUCUUUCAGUUUCAACACUUUCUUUUAAACAAAGCUGCAUGUUGACAUCAGACCCUGUGUGUUCCUCUGUUCCUUUGGCAUCAUAUUCAGUUGACAACCAUUCCAGAAAAUGUCCCUCGAUUAAAUAUUAGUUUUCAUUAUUCUUGGUCUGCCUUUCCUUCACAGGAAAAGAUGCAGCACGCACUGGACAGGAUGCAGAAGAAAGAGACUGGUGCAUGUUCACAUUUGACAUAAUUAAGAAAAUAACACUAGCUCAGUGUAGCCAUGUUAGACUGUUCUUCUUUAUUAAAACAGCAUGUUGUGGUUGAUUUUUUUUGCCAUGAACAGAUGCACCAGUUGCUCGAUUAAGUUAUAUUUCUAAUUCUGCCAGACUAACUGGCCAAAAGGUGUCGGCCCCCCUCAGCGGUCGAUACAAUUCAAUCAAAAGAAUAGAAAAUACACCUGCUGUCUCCUUUAGGGACAACACUAGUCAACAAAUCAACCACAACAAUCAGCAUGACUUCAAUUUAAUGCAGCCACCAUCAGUGUUUGUAGAUUAUCCUUUUGAUGCUGAAAUCCCCAAAAUUCAUACAUGACAUGGUGUUCGACAUUAACCAUCAGAUUAUACCAUUAUGGAACAUCUGGGCUUUUCAGAAACAUUAAUGAAAGAAACCUGCUGUGGAAAAACCCCACUGUGUUACAGAUGUUAGUGAAAAACAGUCCAUGUCACAACAGGGGGGGUCUUAAUGUCUAUAGAAGCUUGCUGAUAACUACUUCUAUAGCUGCACGAGUCAAAGACCUGUAAAAUGUUGUAUUGCUUCUCUCCUCUUGCUUCCUGAUCUGUUCACCCAGCACCAGGCUAAAGUAAAAAAUAAUACCACAUCUGUUCACAUGGAUUAUGUCAGUUAAACAGAUGAAAACAUCAGGAUUAUCGCCAAAGAUGACUAACACAUAAGAUGCUGUAACAGACAAUUGUUGCCAAGCUAUUGACUGCUGCAGCUCCUGUCUGCAAGAGAAACAAACAACACAGAAAAACAUGAGGAGGGGAAAUUAACCUGGAAGAAUGAAGAACACGGGACUAAUGCAAAUUUGAUCAGAUGAGAUUACAUGGGUGGCAGCAUUAAGGGCACAGGGCUCCACUAACAACAAAGCUUUGGUUGAACUGUUUGUUUAAUUGUGUGGUUCCAGUGUGAACACCACCGUGGCAGAUCAUUACUCCCCACAUAGUUUUUAUGUAUUUAAAUGUUUAGGGAUUUUUUCAGCCUAAUAGUUUUGUUGACUUGUGGAACAUUCACAGUUCUACAGUGGCCAGUUAAGAAGUGUAUAUAGUCCGUACCAGCCUCAGAGUGAGGCAGACCGUAUUUAUUAAUCAGGAUGUAUAAUGAAAGUCUAUUGCUAUAGAAGUUGUAACAAAUCUCUGUACAAUUCAGUACUGAAUAAAGUUCUUAUAAUAAA